AUGAGAACCCCACCCGCAAGAUCAUGGCACGGCACAGUAUACCACUGGCCGAGAGUCUGCUAUAACCACGACCGGUGCCUCCGCGGCAACACCGAGGCUGAGUGCUUGAAGCAUUGGCAGCAUGCGGAGAAGGUUCAGGAGAGGGUGCGAGCCCAAGACAUACCCUUGGAUCCUGGAGCUGAAAGCAGAGGCGAGCCAACGGCACGGCGAGAAACAAGAGAGGAGGAUAGGUAG